CUCAAGUGUGGUCCAACAGCUGCUGGGAGAAGUGGGAAGCCCACCUGAGUUAGCACAGACACAAGCUGGGCUAGGGGUUGCAAGUGUGGUGGCCUGUCCACAGCAGAGAGCUGUGCCACUAUUUGGGAGCACCCCACACGGAGCAUAAUGAGGUGAGGGAGAAGGCCAGACUGACGUCAGGCUGCAAGAAGAGCAGCGCUCCCUCCUCAAGUCAAUACUGCUGUGCCAAGAAAACUUCCAGUCACCCGUGGCAUGCCCCCACCAGCCCUGGGAGGAACAAGCCCUUUAUAAGCAUGGGGCUGUUCCCCGUUAACACACCCUCUACAUCCUUCCCCUCAUUCCUACAGGACUGCUAAUGAGGGCCUGUCACCCGCUCCAGAGCUGAGUCACCCACACUAGCGACAGAUCUCUCUUCCUUCCCCAGCAGUUGUUUCGCAGGCUUGCCUUUCAAUUAGCUCCCAUCUCCCUGGGCUCCUCCCACACACACUGGGGCUGGAGAGCUGGCUGACCUGCUGCGGUCAGGGUGGGUGGUGAUGCCAACACGAAAGGAAGCAGUCGGGUGACACACCGUGCAAGGCUGCCCCCAGAACCUGUCUCUGGAGGAAUCUGAAGCUCCCCACUGUCUUUGGGUGUUGGUCACAGCUGCCCCAAUCCCGACCUGCGGAUGCUACAAUUACCUCAGAGCAUGAAACCUGGCUUCCUACCGGACUGAGUCAGCUGCAAACAAAACACAUCGCAGCCACACACUGGCACAAACAGCCAAGCCACUAAUCAGUGCCGCAGCCGCUGGCAGAGAAGCCACAGUCCUGUGCUGGCCAGGAGACAGGCACAGGGUGAGCAGGGACCCAGCUGCCGCCUCCCUGGGGAAGGAGCGCACAGCCUUCAUCAGCAGAGAAGACCCAGUGCCCCCCUCGUUCACGUGCCGUAAGUGCUGCAUCUUCCUCUUUUAUUCCCCCCCCCCCAAAUGCCUGUCGAGUAACUAGGCCACCCUUGUCCUUGUGGGAACUCUCGGCAGCAGUAACUCUCAGCACCUGCUCUCCUGGACAGAAAGCCCUCUUCCCAGGGCGCGUUGUGCAAGACGCAGGGUAAAGGACUGUGCUGAGCAGAAAGCGUGGUUUGUUUCUAGCCCACGAGGGCUGUCUCCCUGGUUCUUGGCACUCAGUACUCUGGCAGGAACCAGAUGGUCACUAGCUGCUCUUGAACCCCUCCGUGGGGACUUCGGAGGUGCUAGACUGCUGACCCCCCGGGAGUCCCAUGGAGACUUGGCGGAAAGGCUCCUUUCGCGAUGCCUCCUUCUUCAAGCGGCUGACCCUGGGCCGGCCCCGGCGACUGCGGCGGCAGGGCAGCGUGCUCAGCCAGGCCAGCACUGCGGGUGGCGACCACGAGGAAUACAGCAACCGAGAGGUGAUCCGAGAACUGCGAGGGAGGUCGGACGGCCGGCGUCUGCCCUUGUGGGGGGAUGAGCAGCCCCGAGCCACCCUGCUGGCUCCCCCCAAACCUCCACGCCUCUACCGGGAGAGCUCCAGCUGCCCCAACAUCCUGGAGCCCCCUGCUGCCUACACUGCUGCCUACACCGCCACUCUGCCCUCAGCCUUCUCCCUGGCAGGCCCCCUCCACCAGUUCUCCCAGGAGGACCUAUCGGACCCUUCCUCCUUCCGGAGGACACCUACUCCAGACCCUGGUGAUCCUUUCUUCUCCUUCAAAGUGGACCUGGGGAUUUCACUUCUGGAAGAAGUUCUACAGAUGCUGAGGGAGCAAUUCCCCAGUGAGCCUCACUUCUGACUGGGGUGACUGAAGGAAUGCAGCCUGGGGACCCAGGGAGGGAGGGCACACUCGUGGAUUGAGGAAUGAGCAGGGAUAGGAAUCCAGGGCUCUGUCUGCCCUCUGGAUCCUGGCCAGUCCCCCCAGAAUGGAGGGGCAGAGACUAGCUGGGAAUACAAAGGGGUCACUUUUUAGCAGAAGCCCCAGAGAAAGCCGGACAGGCCAGGAAAGGGAGGCCACACCCUGAAAACACAGGAACCGGGCAAAGGUCAAAGAAUGACAGGGUGGCAUGGGUGAGUCAAGGUGUAGGAGGCCACUGGGCAGAACAUGCAGCGCCUGGAACUAGCCUCUAAAGCCACUGUUAAGAGAGGUCACAGGAUGUGUUGGAAAACGUGCUCCACUCAAGGCUAAAAAGGCAAGUGGGGAAGCCUAAGGAAAAGGGGGACAGCUUGAUUUUUGCCCAAUACGGUCACCACUUACUUCACACAGCUGUUUAAAUUGUAAUAAGAUUAAACCGAAAAUUCCGUUCUUUGUGACCCUACCCACAUUUAAAAUGCUCAACAGACACACACGAUUAAUCGUUAAUGGCUACAACACUGAACAGCACAACAUAAACAAUGGCACUGCGACACCAAAGCAGCUCUGGCUAGAGACUAGUGUGGAGCUAUCAGGGGCACAGGCAGGGAGAAGGACAAGUAGCCAUGGGUCCUGAGGGCACUCACAGCAGGAGAGGUAGGUAGAGAUAAGAGUAAAGUGCAGGAGAAAGGCUAAGGAAUCAUUAGCAGAAAAGAAAGCCUAGGAGAUACAACCUGCCCACAGCGCUGUGCUGCUGCCCAGAGCACGAGGGAGCAGCCCUAGGGACUACCCUGCAAAGAAUGCAUGCAGAUCUCCCAGAGCUAGUAGGUAUGGUAGUCUUUGGGAAACACUACUGAACUAGGGGCAAAAUUCCUCUGUAGAAGGUGGGAGGGACUUAAUCAAAAGUUGGAUGAUAGGAGCUGGAAAGAUGGCUUAGCAGUUAAGGCACUAGCCUACAAAGCUAAAGGACCCAGGUUCGAUUCCCCAGGACCCACGUAAGCCAGAUGCACAAGGUGGUACAUGCGUCUGGAGUUCGUUUGCAGCAGCUGGAGGCCCUGAUGUGCCUAUUCGCUUUCUCUCUCUAUGUGCCCCUUCCCCUGCCUCUUUCUCAAAUAUAAAUAAAAUAUUUUUUAAAAUUGGAUGAUAGAUACACUGUGAAGAAACCCAACUGGACUCCAGAACCAUCUACUAGGACUAGGCAAGCUUUGCCUCACCCAAACCUGACAAAGAGCUGCCAGCCAGGUCAAGGCUACCAGGUGUGCUACUGCCCCACCUGGUGGCGUGGCCAGAAGAUCUGAAUGCAGAGCCUUGCAACAGCUGGCCUGUGGUUCUGGCCCCCAGGCCUCUCCAGGUAUUAGGGAAGCUUCACCAUACACUGCCUCCACAAAUCUUCAGAGAUGCCAGGCUGAAAGGCUCCUCUGUAUACAGGAGAUAAUGAAUAAAGUUUUUUUCCCCCUCAUAA